AUGCUUUUGCAGCUCGCCGUCUACGUAUUUACAGCUAUCGUUCUUAUUUCUGGUAUAAAUGCUAGCGAUGACGAUGACGAUCCUCUGUCGGCACAUAAGACGAUUUAUGACUUCACGGUGAAGGAUAUUAAUGGCAAAGAAGUGUCGAUGAGCAAAUAUAAGGGUCAGGUGGUCAUCGUUGUAAAUGUUGCAUCGUACUGUGGUUAUACGAACAACCACUAUACUGAACUUAAGCAGUUGCAAGAGAAGUACUACGAUCAAGGCCUUCGAAUCGCUGCAUUCCCCUGCAAUCAGUUUGGAUCGCAAGAACCUUCGCCUGAAGCCGACAUCAAGAGAUUUGUCAAGGAAACAUUUCGUUACGAACCAGAUAUGUAUUCAAAGAUUGAUGUAAAUGGAGACAACGCUGAUCCAUUCUGGCAAUUUUUGAAGUCUGAACAAGGUGGAACGUUGAUAGACGCUAUAAAGUGGAAUUUCACGAAAUUCCUCAUUAACCGAAAGGGAUAUGUGGUGAAAAGAUUUGCUCCAACAACCUCUCCUCUGGGAAUGACUGCGGACAUCGAACGACUACUGGAUGAGACUCCUUGA